AUGGACCCAGCAAAGAAACGGCUGUUCCCUCGUGGAGACAGGCAGGAGGACAACAAUCAGCACAUCGGAAUUCUUCCCAGCCCCAGCAAGCGGACACGGCGCAAGCAGCAACAGCAGCUCAAGUCGAUGUACAACCAGCAGCAGUACCCGCCUGCGGGCCAAGCGCCACCUCCGCAGCAGGGAUACCCUCCCCAGCAGUACCCCGCGCAGCAGCAGCAGCCGUACCCUGCCCAGCAGCCGCCUGCAGCCGCGCCUGCGCCUCAGCCUGCUCCGUACCAGCACCCUCCUCCUGCCGCGCAGCCAGCAUACCCUCCUCAAGCAUACCCUCCGCCCGCUGCGCAGCCGGCCUAUCCACCACAGCAUGCGUACCCGCCGCCGCCUCCUGCUGCUCACCACGCUCCGGGCUAUGCCUACCCGGCGCCGGCGCCGCACGCGUACCCUCCCCCUCCAGCGUACGCUGCACCGGCGCCCGUGGCGUACCCCGCGCAGCCAGUCUACGUGGUGCAGCCGGGUGUGCACCAUGCUCACCACCACCACCACGGCCAUCACUAUGGCCACUACAAGCACAAGGGCUACAAGCGCAAGGGGCUCGGCGGACUGCUCGGCUUCGGCAGACAUCGCCACCAUGGUUAUGGUUACGGCCACGGCUACGGCUAUGGACAUGGCCACUACGGCCAUGGAUACGGCCACUACAAGCACAAGGGCUACAAGCGCAAGGGCUUCUUCAAGUAG